CAUUCGUGUCGGGUGUAGUGUGCCUCACGACAACCCACCUCGUUGUCGUGAUUCGUAUCUUUUGGCGUGAUUCGUGAUUCGUUUUGUUACUAUUAUGGUUUGCCCGUGUCGUUGUCGUGAUUCGUGAUGCGCAUCUUUUCUGUUACGUUCGGUUUGGCCACCUCGUUGUCCUUGUUGCGUUGUUCUUGGCCUCCUCCCAAGAUUUUGAUCUCGUUUCCUCUCUUUCGCUCCUCUUUCUUCCUCGGGAAGUGGCAAUGGCUACGGGGAGAGCCUAGCGAUCGUCGGAUUCCUACUCUGUUACCGUAGCUUGCGGUUGUGAUCGAGGUUCUUGUUGUGAUGGGGAGAGCAUGGGAGCCUGGCGAUGGGGUUUGAUUAGUUUCUUGUUCUUUGACAUCUCCAUGGAAGCAUGGUUGGUGUGUUGGGUUUGCUUCCUUCCUCUUUUCCGGCUGCGUUGGAUUAAGGUUGAGGGCAUCAGAGGGUGGUUACCCUUUCGUUGUCGCUUGCUUGGUAUGUUGGUUUGAUCCGAGGGUAAGACCUCGGAUCUUGGCGAUAAGGUUUAAUUAGCUUCUUCUUCUUUUAGAUCUCGAUGAAAGGAUGGCUCCUUUGUUUCAAGAAGUGGGCUCCCAUUCCUUGUCGAACGCUUGUUUAGCUAGAAAUCAUGUCCUUACAUCAGAAAUCUGUUGCAUCGGACAUUCUUUUCCGAAUGGCUUUGUUGUCGAUGCAUAGGGAAGGGCGAGUCGGUUUCCCUUGGAUCCCUAAUGAGCCCCGUCUUCCUGCCUCCUCCUUGUUGGCGUUCGCUUGCGUCGAGCGGCAAGACAUAUCCGAGAUCCCUUGAUGCACACAAGUGGAUUGCUGCAGUUUUCUCACAGUGAGCACACACUGCAGUUGCAGUUGAGACUGGUGGCUUGAUGCCCCAAAAGGAUGACCAGAUUGCUACUUGGGAGGAACUCGGAAAUGAAAAAUCAGAUUUUAAAUGUGAAAUAAUUAAUGAGCAAGAGGAUAUAUCAACCGAAGAAGUAAAUCAUGCCUUAAAUAAUAUGAAGAUGGAAAAUGGAUCAAGUUCACAAUGUUCUUCUGAAACAUCAGAAAGUGAAGAUGAAACGGCAGUACAACAACAGAUUAAGCUGCCAAAAGAGAGUAAACUAAAAGCGGUAGAAUUUGAUCUUGAGAGGAUACUUGAGGAACAAGAUACUCAUGAUUUGUACUGUCCUAUUUGUAAAUCGUGUAUAACAAAAAAGGUGAUUUUACGUAAAAGAAAAAGGAUGGUUCAACAUGGUGGGCCUUCUAAGAAAGUGAACGAAGAAAAAUAUGAUGCUGGGAAGUCGGAUACUGGAGCUGUUUCAAGUGGAAUGACAAAUCCAAUUGAUGCACCGGAGACAGAUGUAUUCAGAUGUUUAUCAUGCUUCAGCUUCUUCAUGCCAACAGAGGGUGGUUUUAACAUAUUCCAGAUAUUUGAGAAAGGAAAGAAAAUUCAUGCGCAAAGUUCACCGCAAGUUCCCGAGAAAAAAACAAAUUGGAUUUCAUCGAUUUUUAAAGCGGAUAAAAGCCAAAUGAAACCAAGCCAACCAGGAGAUGGUGCUAUUCAAAUAACUAGUGAAAAUGACCAGAUAAUUCAACGUUCAGAAGCAACUGCCACUGAAGUGUUGCCACAUGUUCGACUUGAUGUACCUGAGCAAAGUGCCAGAGGUUCUGAAACAAGCAAUGACUGGGAUGUUCUGAAAAGUAUUGUGUACGGAGGUCUAGCUGAAUCAAUUGCCAGCCUGGGUGUCGUGUCAUCAGCGGCUGCAGCUGAUGCUUCAACAUUGAGCAUCGUUGCUUUAGGGCUGGCAAAUCUGUUUGGUGGAUUUCUUUUGAUUAUUCAUAAACUUUUUGAGUUGAGAACUGCUCGAGAUGUGGCAACCGACCACGAGGAGGAUGAAAGAGCUGGUCGAUACUGGGAAUUGCUGGGGAGGAAAGCAAACUUCCGCCUGCAUUUUGUUGUUGUCAUAAUAUCAUACCUUUUAGUUGGUUCGGUGCCUCCCGUCGUUUACGGCUUCUCAUUCAGGGGGAGUGACAACAAGGAACACAAGCUCAUAGCUGUGGCUGCAGCAUCCCUGCUAUGCAUUGCGCUGCUGGCUACAGGGAAGGCCCACGUUGGGUCACAAAGGGCCUACACGAAAACUCUUUUCCACUACCUAAGCCUUGGUGUGUCAGCAUCUGGUGUCUCCUAUGUGGCUGGGGUGAUGGCCAAUAAGCUCCUUGAGAAGUUCGGUUUGUUUGAUGGUGGCAUGAGUCCCCCGUCACCUCCCGGCCUUUUGUAUCAAGAUCUAAGCUCAGGAGGACGGGAGUGGGCAUCAUCAUAUUGACGACG